AUGGAGAGAAGAUCUAUUGCAUUGUUCUUCGUCUGCCUCUUCUUGCUCUGCUUCACCAUCUCAUCAGAUUCUCAGAAGCUCAACCCAUUAACCGAUCAAGAACAAAGCCAUGAGGUUACAAUCAAAGCCAUAAAUAGCGAAGAAGAUGAUAAAAGCAUUGACAUCUUCCGAGCAGGGAAAGGAGGUCAUGGAGUUACAGGUGGAAGAGGCGGAGGACGGAAAGCAUCUCCAAAACGUAACGCCGCCAUGGACCAUAGGCCACCAUUGUUCUUCUCUGCCGCCUCUGCUCUCUUUACUGGUUUCAUAAUGCUUUCAUUAACUUCUUUCAACAUGUCAAUAAGAUAG